CUCACAUGCCCCUUUGGCCUCGGGUUAAAGUGAGAUUCGGUGGUAUUGUUGUUCACACUUGAGGGGCUAUAAUUCUUGAGCCAUAUUUGAAGUAAGCCCAACGAAAAGAGUGUUGAGGGGAUUACGUGUUAAUCAUGGAGUCCUCUGUGCGCACCAUGCAAUCUGCUUUUCAUACCAUUGAAUUGAGUAUGGAUCACAUGGAGGAUAAGAUGGAUUCCUUGCUCAAAGAAUACUACCUCAUGUGUUGAAAAAGCUCAAGGACGUGCCUAAAUUGGGCGUCGUGCUCGGGAACGAGGCCGGCGAUUUGGACUCGGUGACCUCGGCCCUCACGUAUGCGUAUCAUUUGCAAGAGCACCGUGAUUAUGAAUGCAUUCCCGUGUUGAACUUUCCAAGAUUGGAUUUGCCCUUGAAAACCGAGGUGCGUUUUUGUUUGAAAAAGCUCCACUUGAAUCCGGAGCACCUCGUGUUCGUGGAUGACUUGAACUGGGUCGAACUGGGAGACGCCCUCGAGUUGACAUUGGUAGACCAUAAUGUAAUUAACAAGCCAGAAUUGAAAUUUCUCGAGCCGAAUGUGGUGGCCGUGUUUGACCAUCACGUCCAAGAACGGCAGGACAUUGAUGAUUUGGACUUUCAGUUGGAUUUUGUUGGCUCUGCUUCCACCCUAAUUGCCGAAAGGAUCUUCCAAGAAAACCCCGAGAUGCAAGAGGAGACCGUGUUGAAACUGAUUCGUUGGACCAUCAUCACCGACACGUCGAAUCUGUCGCCGGCCAAGAAGAAGGCGACCAAAUUGGACAUUGAAAUAUUGGAACAGAUUGAAAAUAUUCUUGCCGAAUCCGCCGCAUCCAUGUGGAAUCGGAAAGUUAUCUACGAGGAGAUCAUAAAAGCGAAAAGCGACACCUCCUCUUUUUGUGCCAAUCAACUUCUUCGCAAAGAUUUGAAGGUGGUUUACUUCAAAGCCCCUGAAAUCACUGUGUCUUUGUCGUCGCUCCCAGGUGCCAUGAGUUGCUCUAAAUUCAUGGACCGGCUCGAUUUUCGGAAGGACCUGGACGAUUUUCAACGCAAAGGAAACUAUGCCUUAAUCAUUGCCUUAGGGGCUGGUGAUCUGAUGAUCUAUCCCAAAGAAACCGACCUAUGUUUCAAAGUGCGAGAGAUGCUGUUGUCCAAGAAUCCGGAUAUUAAGAUCAAGGUGGAUCAGAGCAAGUUUUCUGACGUGGAGUACUUGCGCAGGUCCAAUGUAGCUUAUACUCGGAAAAAGAUUAUGCCCUUGGUCAAGGAGGCUAUUGAGGAAUGUAAAUAAUACAACUUCAACCAAUUUCGGCCGUA